AUCGGAUUUAUAGGUUCGUCGGAUACCGAGCGUAUCUUUUUUAACGUGAUUACUCUUCUUCCGCCAGUUAACCAAAGAAUACUGUGGUAAUUCGCGAAUGUUAUUUACGAAUUGAAUUAAAACGUAAGCUGUGCAAAGAACGCGACGAUGAGCUCGAAUCGCAGCGGGACUCAUAUCCCGGCACGGUGAACACUUUUGUGACGAACAGUGAUGAUCACAUAUACGAUGAUCGAGCCACGCAGUGACAGGGUGACGGUUUGCUCACCUAAGACUCAGCACCACUGUUAUCAAGUGAUACGAACCACCAGAGUGCACCAAAGUUCGCGAAGCUCGAAGAUGGUGACCGUUCAGGAAAGGGUCGUCAGGUCGCGUCUUCAGUUGGGUUACUCCACGCCGACGUCAUUCAUCAAUCGCUUCCCGACCAAGGUGGAGAGACCGUCGCACAGCAGCACGGCCGCUAGCCAGAUCCACGGCAACAUGCACGGCGCGUACUCGUCUGGUAGCCAGACGUCUCUGUCGACGACGUCCUACAUCACCGGCCAGUCCUACAUGCAGAACCAGAAUUAUGCGCACGGGCCUCCGUAUCCUGCCGCGGGCGUGCAGGUCUAUUCGCACAACGCGACAGGCUACUCGCAGCCGCAGAGCUACGGCACCAUAGUGCAGGCCUUCGGCGGGCAACCACAGUCCGCUGGGUAUCAGCAGAAUCACCUUAAGAAGGGCUCGGUCCGUAACGGCGACGUGCUCAAGCGAUGUCGGCUGCAGACCGCGUACGAGUUGUCGCAGGAUCUACUUGACAAGCAGAUUGAGAUGCUGGAGCGGAAAUACGGCGGCGUGAAAGCGCGGAACGCGGCACUGACGAUUCAACGUGCCUUUCGGAGGUACACAUUGCUGAAGAAAUUCGCGGCGAUCACGGCGAUGGCCAAGGCGGAGAAGCGAUUGAGCAGGAAGCUUCAAGAAUUGGCGAUCGACCGCUCGGGCAAUCUCAACGAUCACGAGAGAAUGGUUUAUCAUAGUCAGAUAUACAUUCAGCAGGCACAGUCCGCCAAUAGCAGACCGAUGCCGAUCCGAAGCAUGUCUCUCAGGGAGAGGCGGCACGUGGACAAUUCGCAAUCGCCUAUACCAAGGAGUCAGAGCGGUAGAUGCGAGGUCCAGGUCAGCGGCCAUCAACACACAAAUCAUAAUUUGCAUCAGAGCGGUAGACAUACGCCCUCAUUGGCGCCCAGCCCAUGUAACCGACAUCAGCAAUUACCACCGAGUCCCUGCUGGGAAUCGAGCUCCCAGGAGAGCGGCUCCAGUAUCCAUUACUACAAUCCACAGGAAGCCUUGUGCGGCUUGAGACAAGAAACGCCGCCGAGAGACUUGCUGCGAACACCAUGUACAUCGCCGUCGACGCCGCACAAUCUACAGACGACUAUAUCGCAAAAUUGGAACAACGCCAACCAGCUUGGUCCUGGCAGAACGAGAUGCUCCGGUAAAAAGGUCCCGCCAGAGGUGCCGAAGAGAACGUCUUCCAUCACCUCGAGAUCUAUGGAACCACGACACAAUGGUCUUAGUAAAAGCGUGGAGAACGGAAGUCUAAGUUCGGUGCAGAGUUCCGGCAGCGAUUCCACCAAUUGCGAAAGCUCCGAGGGCGAUGCUCAAAGAGGGUCGCCUGUCUGGAAGCACAAAGGGAUUUCGAGUUCGCCGGAACAUCAGGAAUGCGCGAGUCAUACUGCUGACACGGCGGCGAUGACCGCUAACGUGAAGGAGCUUGGCCACUCACAUGCCAGCUCCGGCUAUCAGCUUCCCCUAAUGGACCAUACGGAAAGUCUACCGCCUCAAACGAGCUACAAGGUGUCCGAAACAGUGAGAAAGCGACAAUAUAGAGUCGGCCUAAAUCUUUUCAAUAAGAAACCAGAAAGGGGAAUCAGUUACCUCAUUAGACGUGGAUUUUUGGAGAAUAGUCCGCAAGGAGUCGCCAGAUUCUUGAUCAGUCGAAAGGGAUUGUCCAAACAGAUGAUAGGAGAGUAUCUUGGGAAUUUGCAGAAUACUUUCAAUAUGGCAGUUCUUGAAUGUUUCUCUCAGGAGUUAGAUCUCUCUGGAAUGCAAGUGGAUGUCGCUUUACGAAAAUUUCAAGCCUACUUUAGAAUGCCUGGCGAGGCACAAAAGAUCGAGCGGUUAAUGGAAGUCUUUAGCCAACGUUAUUGCCAGUGCAAUCACGACGUAAUAUCGAGGCUGCGGUCGGCAGAUACCGUUUUUGUUUUGGCCUUUGCUAUUAUCAUGCUUAAUACGGAUUUGCAUACACCUAAUCUAAAGCCUGAGCGCCGAAUGAGACUCGAGGAUUUCAUAAAGAAUCUUCGAGGAAUUGAUGAUUGCGGCGACAUAGAUCGGGAUAUUCUAGUUGGCAUUUACGAACGAGUGAAAGAUAACGAAUUCAAGCCAGGCUCAGACCAUGUGUCGCAAGUAAUGAAGGUCCAAGCGACUAUUGUUGGAAAGAAGCCAAACAUGGCACUGCCACAUAGAAGAUUGGUGUGUUACUGCAGGCUCUACGAGAUACCAGACAUUCAUAAGAAGGAGAGACCUGGCGUUCAUCAGAGAGAGGUUUUCCUCUUUAACGAUCUGCUCGUUGUUACAAAGAUAUUGAGCAAGAAGAAGAAUAGUGUAACUUACACUUUCAGGCAGAGCUUUACACUUUGUGGCAUGGUGGUUACUUUAUUUGAAGUUUCCCAUUAUCCAUAUGGCAUAAGACUCUCUCAGCGUGUCGACGGAAAAGUUCUAGUCACAUUUAACGCUCGAAAUGAGCAUGACAGGUGUAAAUUUGUGGAAGACCUUAGAGAAUCCAUCAGCGAAAUGGAUGAAAUGGAAACUUUACGUAUCGAAACUGAACUGGAGAGACAAAAGAGCAGUAGAGGUGCGCGGGGCGGGGCAGAGAACAGAGACUCUGGCGUCGCUGAUGUAGAGAUAUGUCCUUGUCCUGGGACUUGUUCCGACAGAACGGAAACAGUCGACGUUGACACGCAAUUGAAACGUUCCGCCCUUAGUAAUUCUCUUCUUGAUAUACACGAGCAGUUUGCCGGUGAGAAGCCACAGCGUCGUGGAAGCGUAGGUUCUCUGGAUAGUGGUAUGUCUAUUUCAUUUCAAUCUACUUCUGCCAGCUCGAUGAGCCAAGGCAUUAAGCAUCCUGGACAAGUUCAUCCUAUUCAUCCAGGAGCUACAAUUCCUGGUGCCGGUGGUAAGGGACUGGCUCAGCAGCCAUCUUUUUUAGGAGGUCUCUUCGCCAAACGAGAGCGAAAACUGUCGCAAUCUGAAGAGUCUGGUCCUUACAGUCGUACCACGGAAGUAUAAUGUACUCUCUUCCAGUAACGUA